UGUAGUUGUUUUCUAAAAUGGCGUCAGAUGGGGGAUUAAAAAUUGAAAAUCCCGGAGAAACGAUAGAUUCGUUAAAUAGAGAAGUCGAGAAUUUGAAAACGCGUUUAGAAGAAGAAAGAAAAAAACUGAAUGAUGUAUCUUUAUCUAAAGUAGCAGAGAGGCUAGAACCUAUUCAAAAUUUAAACAUUAAACCUCGAAGAGUGUUAAAAGGGCAUCAAGGAAAAGUGCUUUGUUCAGACUGGUCGCUGGAUAAAAGGCAUAUUGUGAGCUCUUCUCAGGAUGGUAAAAUGAUAAUUUGGGAUGCAUUUACCACAAACAAGGAACAUGCAAUUACAAUGCCAACAACAUGGGUUAUGGCAUGUGCAUAUGCUCCUUCUGGAAAUAUGGUGGCUUGUGGUGGUCUUGACAACAAAAUCACUGUAUACCCACUUAGUUUCGAAGAUGAUGUUUCAACUAAAAAGAAAGCUGUAGGAACUCAUACUAGUUAUAUGUCUUGCUGCCUUUUUCCAAAUUCUGACCAGCAGAUUUUGACUGGAAGUGGAGAUAGUACAUGUGCAUUAUGGGAUGUUGAAUGCACACAUUUAAUUCAAAGUUUUCAUGGCCAUACUGGAGAUGUUAUGGCUCUUGAUCUAUCACCUUCUGAAACAGGAAACAUUUUUGUUUCUGCUGGAUGUGAUCGGCAGGCACUUAUUUGGGAUAUGAGAACUGGCCAGUGUGUUCAGCAAUUUGAGGGACACGAAUCUGACAUCAAUUCUGUAAAAUUUUACCCCAGUGGAGAUGCCAUUGCUACAGGUUCUGAUGAUGCAACAUGCCGUUUAUUUGACUUGCGAGCUGAUAGAGAAGCAGCUGUUUAUUCAAAACAAAGUAUAAUAUUUGGUGUAAAUUCAGUCGAUUUUUCUGUGAGUGGUCGUUUAUUAUUUGCUGGUUAUAAUGACUACACGGUUAAUGUGUGGGACAGCCUAAAAUGUGUACGUCUUAGUAUUCUGUAUGGCCAUGAAAAUAGAGUUACAUGUUUGAAAGUCUCACCUGAUGGCACUGCUUUAUCCACUGGUAGCUGGGACUUCACAUUAAGGGUGUGGGCUUAAGCAUAUUCAGCAUUUGUCAUCAUAAAUGAGAACCAUGAGUUUUUCCUGAAAUGAGCUGCAGAUUUUAAGGACAGACUUCAGUUUUUGUUUUCUCCUUGUCUUUCUGUUGCAGCUAAAUAUGCCAGUUGCACCUUCAUGAAAGCUGCGAGAGAAUUUAGUCCUGGAGAAGCAGACCAGUCUGUGGUUGUUGAGUCAAAGUGAGAAUUCAGGUGAAGUGCUGAUUCUAGUCAUUUUUAAAAUUAAGAAUGGUAAUAUGAAUGUUAAGUCAUAAUUUGUAAGUGGCAUUUUGUGGAUGUACUAAAACUGUUUUGCCUGAAUUAUGUGAUAAGCCUUCAAGUACCAAAUAGUUUGGUGUGGAAAAAAAAUUAUUUAGCAUUUUUUACAUACUCAACUUGAAGAUGCUUGGAAAAUCUGCAUAGCUAUCAUUUGAAUGUUUGAAGAAAUAUAUAAAGGACUUAUGGGCUAAAUUGCGUAUAUUUAUUUGUCACAAGAAGCAUCAUUGGUGAAGUGUAGAUUUUUAUUAAGAGUGGCUACUUUUUUUUUUUUUUUUUAUUUUAUUUUUUUUAGGAUGAAUUGGGUGUACUCUCAAAAUAUGGAAUUUUGUGAUUAUAAAAACAAGUGUAACUAGAGGAUAAAAAUAAAUCGAUUAAUUUCAUUUGUGUUUAGAACUAAAUUUUACUAUCACUUUUAAGUGAUAGAACUUUCUUCCGGAGUUAAUUUUUUUUUUUUUUUUUGUUCCUCUCUCCGAGGUGACCAGUCUUGUUUAUAUCAGAUUAACCUAUUAUUAUGAUCACAAACUGAAUGCAUUACAAUUUUAAAAAGUUUAUUCUGUGCUAAUGUGCAUAUCUCAUGACAUUUAAUUUUAAAUGUUUUUAUCCUACAUACAAUAAAGUGUAUAUGAUGAUAACAAAAGUAAAUGCAAUUUAUAUUGCAUUUACUUUCAUUAUCAUCAUAAAAAGUGUUAUAUUAAUGUAGUAUUAUUGUUUAUUUAUAUUGAUAUUAUGAAAUAGUCAUUAAUUUUAUGUAAAGUCUUCAUUCUUCAAAUGUUUAGUAAUAAUUUGUUUUAAAUAUUAUUGGAUUAAAAGAAAAACCGGUGCUGUGUUUAGUUAAAAUUAAGUUUUUCAUUGAAAGAGCAGAAUCUUAUAUGUUAUUUAGAUCAGGAUUUGUAAUUGUUAAUUGAUAAUUAUCAGAAGUCUAUUUGUAGUGCUUGUAUAAUUAUUAUUAUUACAGUAAUAUUUUGAAAUAUUCAAGUUUCAGUUGAAAUAUUCUCUACAUUGCACUUUAUUUUUUUCCUCUAAAAAGCCCUCAGAUAUUAAAAAAAUAUAAAUUCAUUCAUUUUUAGUUUCAUAUAUCUGUUAAAAUUGAACAUUUCAGCACUUUCUAUAAAAUAUUUAAAGUUAGUCAAGGUAAAAAUUAUUGUUAUUAUUUCAGUUU